AGAUGAAAGUGGUGUUUGGGUUUGAGUUUGAGUUUGGUACUUGUGGGAGUGAGUGGUGCCGUGCGUGAUUGAAUUUUCAAUCUGAGAUUUUAUUUGUGGGAGAAGAAAACGAAAACCCUCUGAAAACCCAAAACCCUGUUGGUUUGUUUGUUUGUUUGUUUGUUGUGAUGAAUAUAAUGGACUUCCAAGUGGUUGUUCUCGCCGGUGGCCUCUCCAAGAAGCUCCUCCCCCUCGUAUCAGAGGAGGUUCCAAACGCUUUACUUCCGGUGGCGAACCGUCCAGUUCUCUCUUACGUUCUUGAGCUCUUGGAGCUUAGCAACCUUAAAGAUCUCAUUGUGGUUGUUGAAGGUGAGGAUGCGGCUUUUCAUGUUGGGGGUUGGAUUUCAGGGGCUUAUGCUGAUCGCCUUCAUGUUGAGGUUGCUGCAGUUCCUGAGGAUGUAGGAACAGCUGGUGCAAUUCGGGCCAUUGCACACCACCUAACUGCCAAAGACAUUUUGAUUGUCAGUGGUGAUCUUGUUUCUGAUGUGCCGCUUGGAGCCGUUGCAGCUACUCAUAGACGUCAUGAUGCAGUUGUCACUGCUAUGCUUUGCCCUGCUCCUGUAAGUGGACCUUCAGAGUCAGGAUCCUCUGGUGGGAAAGACAAAACCAAGAAACCCAGCCGCUACGAUUUAAUAGGGCUGGAUCCCACAAAACAGUUUUUACUUCACAUAGCAACUGGAGCUGAAGUUGAAAAAGAUCUUCGAAUUCAGAAGAGCAUACUCCGUGCAGUUGGCCAGAUAGAAAUAAGAGCUGAUCUAAUGGAUGCCCACUUGUAUGCAUUCAAAAGAUCAGUUCUACAAGAAGUUCUAGAUCAGAAGGGUGCAUUUCAUAGCUUAAGGCAUGAUGUAUUGCCAUAUCUUGUCCGGAGUCAACUGAAAUCGGAAGUAUUAUUAAAUGGUAUGCCACAAGCAGAAGAAAAUGGAACUGAAAAGGUUAUUUCUCAAAGCAAUGAACAAAUGCUAUCUCAAAUACUUGCUAAUGCAUCUGGACUGACCUUUCAUCAACGGCAUGCACUGGGUCCUAAUGGUUCUACUUCUGUUCGAAGAAUCCAUAAAUGCUGUGUUUAUAUUGCUGGAAGCAGCAAGUACUGUGCUCGCUUAAAUUCUAUACAAGCAUACAGUGACAUAAAUCGAGAUGUGAUAGGAGAGGCUAGUCAUUUAUCAGGGUAUUCCUUCUCUGCCCAAAACAACAUUAUCCAUCCUUCUGCAGAGCUUGGGGCAAAAACAACUGUUGGACCACAUUGUAUGCUGGGGGAAGGUUCACAGAUGGGUGACAAAUGCAGUGUGAAACGGUCUGUCAUUGGCCGUCACUGUAGGAUAGGUGCCAAUGUUAAGGUUGUUAAUUCAGUAGUUAUGAAUCAUGUUACUAUUGGGGACUGUUGUUCCAUCCAAGGUUCUGUCGUCUGCAGCAAUGUACAGCUCCAAGAACGUGCUGUGCUAAAAGAUUGUCAAGUUGGAGCAUGUUUUGUGGUCACUGCUGGUAGUGAGUUCAAAGGGGAGGUCUUGGCUAAGAAAUGAAACUGAGAUUUGAAAAUCUAGGCUGGGAAAAUACAUAGCAAAUUGACUUUUAUCUUGCUUCAGCAUAGCUGCAGCCAAUUUUGCGCUUUUUUCUGGCAGUAGUUACAAUUUGGUUGUUAUCUUGGCAGGAGAAGCAAAGAUAUUAUAAUAUUUCCAAUUUGUAUUUUUUUCCUCUGCAUUUGCAUUCUCCUAUAACUUGAAGUUUGAAAGUGGCUUCAAUCGGUGUUGAGUAUCCAUUUGUAAAAAUAACUACCCAUUGUUUCCUCUUUAUUACAGUUUUCUGCCAUUUGGCAUGCAUGUUAAAAGAGACUUACGGUUGGUAUCUUACUACUGUACUACAGCGGUAUGAUCCAGCGCCAUCAUUUUUGUAAUUGAUCAAAUGUAGCAGUACUAUUGACACAUAUUUGUCUUGUUUUGUUUUUGUUUUGUUGAGAUCUACAGAUUAUAAUUUUGAUGAUGAAAUUCUGUUUGCAUUUGAUACUGGCUUUAUAAUUUAUUUAAGCUCACUUUUUCACUAUUUUUGCGGGAUAGGGGGUGGUUCUCAAAGCUUGGCAGUUGCAGCAUCAACCAGCAGAUCAUGUAACUGGAUACUGUUGGGAAGUGUGUAUGUUU